AGCUUCUCGCUCUCCUCUUGAACUGGGACCGGAGCGCCAUGAAAGUCGAGUUUGCGCCGCUCGGCAUUCCCUGGAGGAGGAGAGUGCAGACGGCCGCCGUGUCCCAGUGGGUGUUCUCCUUCCUGGCGCUAGCACAAUGUUGCUGUGGAAUCUUCAUUCUCUUACUUCUGGGAGACUACUGGUUCGUCCCCGUUUUUUAUGUCCUCUGGCUCUACCUUGACUGGGACACCCCUGAGACUGGAGGGAGAAGAUCCCAGUGGGUCAGAAGCUGGACUGUUUGGAAGUACUUUAAGGAAUACUUUCCAAUUAAACUCAUAAAAACUUCAGAUUUGGAUCCAAGCAAAAACUACCUCUUUGGAUUCCAUCCUCACGGUGUCCUUGUUGCUGGAGCCUUUGGAAACUUUUGUACAGAAUAUACAGGUUUUAAAGGAUUGUUCCCCAGAAUGACCCCAUUCCUUCACAUCUUGCCUUUCUGGUUCAAGUGUCCUCUAUUCAGAGAAUAUAUUUUGUGUGCUGGGCUGGUUUCUGCUUCGAAGAAGAGUGUGUCACAUGUACUGAGCCAUAAAAAAGGAGGAAAUAUAGCUGUGAUUGUAAUUGGAGGAGCAAGAGAAUCUUUGGAUGCCCGUCCCGGAAGCUUAACUCUUAAUAUCCUCAGGAAAAAAGGUUUCAUUGAGAUUGCUUUGAAACAUGGGGCUGAACUUGUCCCGGUGUUUUCUUUUGGUGAGAAUGAACUGUUCAAGCAGAUUGCAAAUCCUAAAGGAUCACGACUCAGAGCAUUGCAGGAGCGUCUGCGAAACCUGGUGGGGUUUACUUUACCUCUCUUUCACGGCAGAGGCAUUUUUCAGUAUAGCUUUGGCUUGAUGCCUUACAGGAAACCUAUUAACACUGUUGUUGGGGAGCCUAUCACUGUGAAACAGAAUCCAAAUCCCUCUCCAGAAGAGAUUGAUCAGCUGCAUGAAAAAUACCUGCAAGAACUAAAGAAGCUAUUUGACAAAAACAAAGGAAAGUAUGGGAUACCAGAACAUGAGUCUCUUGCCUUUGACUAAAUGUAAAUACAGGAAGAAUCCGGCGCAAUCUUGAGGACUAAAGGAACUAUGUAUCCUUCCCUUCCUAAAAAUUACAAGAGUAACUCUUCUUGCAUAAUGGAGUCAAUGUGUGUUAAGAAAAGACCUAAUAGUUUCCACAGUGAUAUUUGAAACACAUUUUCUUUUUGUAUGAAAUUGAUUUUAUGGACACAGAUAUGCUCAUGAUCAAGACCCCCCCCCACACACACACACACACCUUUCAUUCUAUGAAUCAAUCUUGUUCUGCAGAAAAAUACUGCAAGCUUUUGGAAAUUUUACUAUUAUGCUUUCCAUUUUGAAACUGAGUAAGUCAGCACUGACAAUGUAUGCAUGAAGAACUCUUCUAGGAAACGCCUUUGUCUUUAAUUGUUGAUCCAAUGAUCCCCUUCUACAAAAUUUGAUCUAAUAAUUCUGUUCUAUUAAAAUGGGGCAAAUAAUUUCCUCUAGGCCAAUUUGGACCAAAUGGCAUAGAGAGAGGGAAAAACCCUCCUUCCCCUGUGCUGUAUCAGACCACUGCAGUCUUUUAAAAGGUCUUUCUUCAGAAUUGCUGUGUGGGCAACCCAGACCUGUUUGAAAUCAUAACAUGUAGUUUAACCCUUAGAAAAUUUUUCUUUGAGUUUUUCUGCAUUCUCAUUUUCCUUACAUGUGUGGGGUUUUUUUUUACUUCUGGGGGAAGGAUCUGUUCUGUAUUUGUUUUGUUCCCUCUAGUGGUUGAUUCAGUUAAUGUCCAGUAUAUCACCCUGCGGAUUUAAACUGCAGUUUUUUAUACUAGACAUAAGUAAUGUAGUAUUAAAUCGACCACAAGAGGGAGCAAAAUACAUGUAUGCCCAUUUGAUAUUUCAGUGUGCUUUUUGUUACUUCUACUUGCUGUGUUUUCCCAAAAAAAGAUUAGUAUUUUGCUCUAUUUUUUGCCUGAAUAUUUUUGGAAAUCUAUCCCUAGAUUAUUCAGAACGAGGCCCCAGCAUAGUGACCUAUUUUAAAAGAUGUAUACAUAAGUACACAUGUUUGGACUUUGCAUGCAAGAGGAUGCUCCAGAUAUUGGGGAUCUUACCCAUAUUCCCUAUUGCUAUGUAUGGACAACUGGACAAAGAAGAAAGCUGAUUAGAAGAAAGUAGUGUUACAUACAAAUGCUAAAAUGGGGGAAUUCCACUUAACACAUGCAAAUUACACUUGCUAAACUGCAGCUGUAACACUUUCAACGAAUGCAAAUGAUUCUUUCUCCCACCCUGGACAUUUCACAGAUAUAUAUAUACUCCACUUGCUUUUGUUCCACCAGAUCCUCUGAAGAUGCCAGCCACAGAUGCAGGCAAAAUGUCAGGUGAAAAUACUACUGGAAUACGGUCAUACAACUUGGAAAACCAACAACAUCCUAGCUCAGUAUUGUUGACUACCUAACAGAGGUUCUGUGGUGCCUUCUUCAGAGAAAGGUCUUUCUCAACACAUGCAUCGCAUGCAUGGAGAUGGCAAAGAUUGAAUUGGUGACUUUCUGCUUACUAAGCUGGUAUUCUGCCACUGUCCCCUUCCCAAUUGGGUUAAUUUUAUGAACAUUUUGUUCUCCCUUCUCCACCAGUAAACUGUCCCAGAAAGUACAAAGUACAUUUAGGCAACGGUGUAUUCUUUGGUUUCUCAACUGGUUUUUGCUGUGGCACCAUUAAAAAAAAUAUCCUCC